AUGGAAUCUACCUUCGCAGAUUGGUUUAAGGCGUUUCUGUCAGGGGGUAGAGUGGCUUUGGUGGAUGAGCUCUUGAUGGUAGCAUGGGGUAUUUGGAAAGCUCGAAAUGAGCUUCUUUGGCAGGGUCGUUCUUCUCAGGCUGCGGAUGUGGUUCGCGUGGCAAGGUCGUGUCACUCUAGUUGGCUGUUGGCUCAAGAGAAUAGGUUUGAACUGCUGUUGUUUGAUGCUACUGUUGUUGGUAGCAGUGUUUGUUGGAUAAAACCGCAUGCUGGGAAGCUGAAGAUCAACACUGAUGGGGCGAUUUUUGAGGCAACAGCUCAAUAUGGUACGAGCAUGAUCAUUAGGAAUUGUCAUGGGAAGUUAAUCGAAUCUAGUUCCUCUUUGCAUUCUAGGGCUUGUCAGAAAUAUUAA